AUGUUGAAAGUUCAAUUUCAACAGACGUUAACAACUACAAUAAACUUUUCCUCCAACAUCAAAAACACCAACAGAACUAGCGUCUCGAUUAAUAUCUUAUAUCCGGAAGAUUUGGCCGAUAUAUCGGUAAAACUAUUUGAAAAGGAGAAACAACCGGUUAAAAAAUCGAUUAUAACCGAGAAUGAACAUAAAUUAUCGAGUACCGAAUUUAAAUCAAAAAUACCAUUUAAAAAACUGUUAUUCAACUAUGGCAUUGGUAUGUCCAAUUCUGGCUUCAAUUCAAAAACACUAAAUAGAAAAUCGGAAUUCGUAUAUGCGAAUGACGUAACGAAUACCGAUCCUAGUACGGGUAGAUCCGAUUACGAAUCGACUGGGUAUUCGGUUAUGGAGAAGACGAACAAACAAUCAUUCACAGAUGAAAUAAUAUACACCUGGAACAUCACCCUCGUCGUUACACCGCCACCGAGUAAAUUCGGUUUGUUUCCCAUGUUCGGUAUGUUUGUCGGAUUUGCGGUAAACAUAUUCGGGUUUUCUUUAACUUUAAAAAGAUCCGACGCCAUGCCAUUUCUCAAAAAACCGGUCGAGUUGGGAAUAAUCGCGUGCGGCCAGUACCUUCUUUUACCAGCGAUGGCGUUUUUGUUAAACAUCAUCUUAAGCCCGAAUGCGGCAUUCCAGUUCAUAUUCAUCAGCAUGUCGUCCGCCUCUAGCGGAGCUUUCUCAAACAUCAGCACCAUUCUCAUCAAAGCCAGACUCAACCUUAACAUCCUUGCACUCUUACUUAUGCCUAUUCUGGGUAUAGUAAUGAUUCCAGCUUGGAUAUGUACAGCAGGGAGCUAUAUCCUGAAAAGAGCCUUUCAGGAUUAUCAGUUCUACUUCCCAUGGAAGGAAUUUCUAAUCCUGAAAUCCCUAUACAUCAUCCCGGGACUGAUCGGGAUGACUAUUAAUAAAUAUUUUCCCAAAGUUGCCGCCAUUUUGACGGUCGUCAUCAGGGCUAUUGGGUUUGUUUGGGUGGUUAGUAUGACUAUUCUUAUGUUGAUUGAUCAAACUUGGGUCCUGGCGUAUGGAAGGAUUUGGAAUUCUGUUCUUGGGCCGGUUAUUCUGCCAAUAAUUGGAGGUCUGACGAUAUUCACCAUUUCGUAUCUAUCCGUCAGAGACAUCAAAACCUCGGCCACAAUAGUUGUUCAAGUAAUUACGCCCAACCCCUCAUACGGCGUACUGCUAUCGUUACUCAUGGUAUCACCACCAUACAAUGCGAUCUGUAUUUGCAUUUCAAUUCUGUAUUUCUGUACGAUACUAGCGAUUCUGAUUACCUCGACGGUAUUCGUUCGAACGCGACAGCGAAUAGUCAGUCGGAGGAAGCAGCUGAGUCGGAUCGAAUAUCCGACUAUCGAUAUAUCGACGGAUAGCAGCAGCGCUAGUGAAUGUGCCAACUCCGAUACCGACAUUGUAGGGAAGGAGUCGGGUGAUACGAACAAAUACCGACAAAUAAAGAAGAGUAGAAUGAAAAUAAAAGACAUCUUAAACUAUCUUAAAUUUAAAAAUACUACCUCCGUUGUUGCUACUACUAAUUCUACAACUAAUAGCAACACUACUACUACUUCUACUAAUAAUAAUGAUAAUAAUGUUAAUAAUAAUAAUAAUAAUAAUAACGAUUCUACCUCCAAUGAUAUUUGGUCGAUAGAUAUACCCUCGUCACAUAGUAAACCCGAUGAAUUGGAUGAAAAUAAUAAUAAUGUGUAA